UUAGUCACUUUUUAAACAACGAAAUGAACAAAGCUCUAGUAUCGAUCAUUGCCGGGUCUUUGCUCUGGCUGGGAAUCUUCUUGGGUGGCGCAGAUGCCCAGCCCGAUGGACGGAUUGUUGGUGGUGAUGACGCCUCCAGUUAUUAUACCAAGUAUGUGGUCCAGCUUCGCAGACGGAGUUCGUCGAGUAGCGCCUUUUCCCAAACCUGCGGAGGAAGCAUUCUGAACGCCAAAACCAUCGCGACCGCCGCCCACUGUGUCUACAAUCGUAAUGCCUCCGACUUCCUAGUGGUGGCCGGUUCCGUAAACCUUGCUGGCAUGGACGGAGUGGUAGUGCGGGUGGAGCAGCUGAUCCCCCACGAACUGUACAAUGCCACCAUUACGGACAAUGACAUUGCCCUGGUGAUUGUCGAUCCUCCACUGCCAUUGGAGAGCAAUAACGACAUGGAGGCCAUCGAGCUAGUCACAGGCCAGCCUGCAGUGGGUGUCCUUGCCACGGUUAGCGGUUGGGGUUACACCAUGGAGAAUGGAUUCUCCUCCAACCAGCUGCAGCAGGUUCGCGUUCCAGUAGUAAACUCCUCGUACUGCCAGGAUUCCUACAAUUGGCGACCCAUUAGCGAGGCAAUGCUCUGCGCCGGAUACUCUGCCGGUGGCAAGGAUGCCUGCCAGGGUGACUCAGGUGGACCUCUGGUUGUGGGCAACAAGCUAGCCGGAAUAGUUUCUUGGGGUGAGGGAUGUGCUCGUCCCAAUUAUCCUGGAGUCUAUGCAAACGUGGCUUACUUUAAGGAUUGGAUUUCCAAGCAGUUGGAUCCGAUGGCCAAAAAGUUGGGGCUUCAGUGUAGGAUUUUUUGUGGACUGGCAAAGAUGUCGCGCUGCUGGUUAGUGUUUCUCCUGUUCGGAGUGUGUGGCCUAGGUCUGGCCAAGGGGCUACCCCUACAGGAGGAUCAGGGUGAAAAAUACUUACCAGAUGGACGCAUUGUGGGCGGCUAUGUGUCGGAUAUAGCCCAGUGUCCGUAUCAGAUCUCUCUGAGAUACAAGGGUAUAACGACGCCGGAGAAUCCUUUCCGCCAUCGCUGCGGAGGCUCCAUCAUUGCUGAGGAUCUGAUCGUGACCGCGGCGCACUGUAUCAUUGCCACGGUGGCCAGUCAGUACAAGGUGGUGGCCGGAUCUAACUACCGGAUUGGAUCCGAUGGAGUGGUCACCAACGUCAAGCAGAUCAUAAUGCACGAAAACUACUUCUCGGAUGCGGCCUACAACAAUGACAUCGCCCUGCUGGUGGUGGAUCCCCCAUUGCCACUGAAUAACUUCACCAUCAAGGCCAUAAAGUUGGCAAGUGAACCCCCGCUAGCAGGCGCCGUUAGCAAGAUCAGCGGCUGGGGCACCACAUCCUCCGGCGGUACUGCAUCCGACAUCCUACUCGCCGUCGAUAUCCCAAUCGUGAGCAACGAGGAUUGCGAUGCGGAUUACGAAAACUUUGGGGACGAGUUCUACCAUAUCACCGACGCCAUGUUGUGUGCCGGAAAGCGUGGAGUGGGCGGUGUGGAUGCCUGCCAAGGCGAUUCCGGCGGACCGUUGGUGGUGCGCGACGAGCUCCAUGGCGUCGUCUCCUGGGGCAAUGCCUGUGCCCUGGCCACUCACCCCGGAGUCUACGCCAAUGUGGCCAACCUGCGUCCGUGGAUCGAUGCCAGGAUAGCGGAACUUAAAGUCAAUUCUCGUAAAUCUGGAACGAACUCUGCCGUGCUAAGAAGUUAUCAGAUGCUAUCUCGAGCACCUUCCAUUAAGAUAAUCGAUAUCGCCAUUGGGAGGCGUCCGGCAAGGUGCAAAUUCGCCAACCACAAUCAGUCCGAUACGAACCAUCCGCCCGUCGAAAUCAACGUGAUCAGGACCAGGAUGUACUCUCCUGUUGCGCUUCUGCUGCUUCUGGCCAUUGGAUCCUGUUUUAUUCUCUCCCAGGCUGUUCAACCGGAGGGCAGGAUUAUCAAUGGCACAUCGGUGGAUAUUGCCCGGCAUCCCUAUAUCGUAUCGCUGAGAUAUCGCCGGGAUGCAGAGUCUAGCUACAAGCACGAGUGUGCCGGAGUCAUCUACUCCGAGAAGGUCCUGCUAACCUGCGCCCAGUGCCUGUAUAAUUUGGAGGAGGGAACCAAGAUUCUGGCAGUGGCUGGAGCAAAUACUCGAAACGGCACCGAUGGCAUUGUCUAUCCAGUUUCCAGCUGGGCCUACCACUCCAGCUUUGAUACCUUCACCGUGGACUACGAUAUUGGAGUGCUGCUCCUGGACACGCCCCUGAACCUGACGCACUUUGGCAUCAGUUCCAUAGCCGUCCGUCCCCAGCGACCGGCAGUGGGUCGACUGGCUACUGUGGCGGGGUGGGGCUAUCGCGAGGAGUGGGGUCCCUCGAGCUACAAACUGGAGCAGGCACAAGUCCCGGUGGUCAGCUCGGAACAGUGCAACGAGCUCUAUGGCGCCGGGGAGAUCAACGAGCGGAUGAUUUGCGCGGGCUAUGUCACCCAGGGUGGCACCGACGCCUGCCAGGGCGACACCGGCGGACCUCUGGUCAUCGACGGCCAGCUGGUGGGUCUGGUGUCCUGGGGACGCGGCUGUGCCCGUCCCAACUACCCGACGGUAUACUCCUACGUGGCCAGUUUGGUGGACUGGAUCGAAGAAACAAUAAACGCCACCACAGCCGUAGCUAAAUAAACAGUUCCAAGGCAAUCAAACGCUAUCUCUAAGUGGCUACCGCCCGGACAGAGUCGUCUAAUUUAAUAAUAAACCCAUAAUAAAACAAACAAUAUA